CAGUCAGUAACGUAGCUAUCGACUCUGCCAAAGACUUUGGGACCAAGUGUGUCACGUAGCCGACUGAUUAUGAAAUGCUCUCAGCAAACGGGAUCACGUCGUUUUUUGUCGCACUCAUUUGCACGUUGUCGUGCAUAGCCGACGCUAAUGCUGGUAUUGAUUGCUUUAAAUGUGUUUCACUAGAAUGGCAGAAUCGAGCAUGCGAUGACCCAUUUCAUAAUAACUUCAGUUCUGGUCUGCUGGAAUCACCUUGCAUGGGUGGGCGGAAAGGUCGUAAUGGAGUUUUUCCCGCUACCGCUUGUAUAAAGCUUACCGGGUAUUAUCAAUCUACCGGACAACAUGUCACUGUUAGAGGGUGUGCAUUGGAUAGUGGUACACUUACUACUGACACAGAAAUUAUUAGAAUGUCUCAUUGCGGAGGAUUUUAUUUUGAUGAUAAAUAUGUCGAGGGUUGUUUACAAAGUUGUGAUGAUGCAGAUGGCUGCAAUCCUGGGUCAGUCACAUCACCAAUAACUUACUUGAUUGUCAUAGCAAUGAUCAUAAUAGUACCAAUUAUCAAGUUUAUUGUAUUGCAAUAAAAAAUAAUACAUGAAAUUAAAUUUAAGAACAAUUUAUUUUAAUAAGUAUUAUCAUAAAAACGCUAAAAAGCGGCCAUAAAUUAAAUAGUGUGCCUUACGGAUAAAAUCAUCUAAAUUAUAUUGAAUUAUUAAAUUCACGACCCUUAACAUAAAAUAUACUUUAUUUUGAUUUUUUGCCAAAUCAAAUAGAUAGUUUAGUGAUUAUAUUUAGUCAAUAUUAAAUUAAAAUGUUAUUCUAUAGAGGUAUUUUGUAUUAUAAUAUUGACUCAAAUUUAUAUGAUUUCUCAUGACUAUUUAACAAUGUAAAUGUAACUGAACAUAUCCCCCAAACAUAUCUGAAUGUUGUAUUUUUCUCCAUAUUACCUUAUUAUUAUGUA